ACUGAUGGAUGUGCAGUCAUGUUUGCAGAAAUAGGCUCUUUCCUUCACAAGAAAAUGUGGUUCCUCCCUGCGUUCUACAGCAUUUUUGGAGUGUUUACCAGUUUAACAAUGGCAAGGUUCUGGCUCUUUGCAGGAAUAUUUCUUACUCUGGUAGUCUAUACACUGCCAUUUAAUCAUAGUCAAAUAACAGUUUUCCCAGAGUCUGGUGGGAAAGCAGAAGUUUUCAUGGUCUCUGUUGGAGAUAAGUAUGCCUUCAACAUGUCUCAGGCUCAAGCCGUGUGCCUGUUUCUGAACGCCACUAUAGCCACCAAAGCACAGGUCGAGAAGGCACUCCAACAUGGACUGGAAACAUGCAAAUUUGGCUGGAUCCAUGAACAGAUAGUGGUCAUCCCUCGCAUCAGAAGGAAUGUAAAAUGUGGUCAGAACAAGACUGGGGUGGUGCCAUGGAAUGUGCCUGGAAAUAAAAUAUUUAGUGCCUUUUGUUACAAACCUGAAGAAACCCCAACAACUCCAGAAGUCCCAGCAACAAAGUCAACAGCAUAUUCAACUCCUGCUACAACAACUGCCCCUCACCUUGUUAAGUCUACACCUAAAGUCCCUGUCCUCACAAAGUUGACAACUCAAGUCUCAAACAUUUCUCUCACUGCCUCAACUGCCUCUCCCUUGGCCAAAUCAGCGUUCUCAAAUGGCAUCAUCUCCACUGUUUCAUCAUCUCGCUCUUCCCUUUCCUCCACCAUCCCACUCCCUCACUUUCUCAUGACCUCCUCUGACUCUCUUUCUCGCUCUGCUUCCCCAAGAGUUUCUACACCCUCUUCUGACUUGUCCUCCAUUUCCUCCCCUUUUUCCUUAACCAACCAAACUGGGAUGCCUGUAUUUUCAACGACUAUGAUUUCCUUCCAUGAGUCUCCCUUCGGAGCAUUAUCUACUACGUUCCUCACCCUAGCUAUAAUCCUCCUGCUCCUGGCUGCAACAGCUGCAGUGUGGUUCUACAAAAUGAACAAGAACGUGGUUCCAUUUUGGCCCCGAAGACAUCUGAAGGACGACAUUGAGACAGAGAUGUGGAAAAACACAGACAGUGAGAUGGACCUACACAACCAACCUAAAGAGGAGGGAGUAGGAAACAGGAAGUACUAAGUGACUUCGCCAUCCACAUUAAUCCAAAGACAAAGCAAACACCCCAUAACAGCAGUUAAGUUUUUGCAAGGGAGUUUUUUUGUGUUGGCAAAGACUUCCAUUCAUGCAUUGCAAAUACAUGUGCCACAAACUACAAUUACUGUACUUUUCAUGUUUAUUUUCUACUGUGUUAAAGUUGUGUUCAUUUAUUAUGUUACGGAUGGGAUUUUAAUUAGGCUGUCCAUGUUUCCAUUAUUUCAAUAUUUAGGAUCCUUUCAUUUCAACAUUCAAAAUAUGUUUGUGUUUCUCAAGAUACCUCAGCAUCUGUUUAUUUCAGCAUGUCCUCAUUCCAUUAUCAGAUAUAAUAUAUCUAAGGGGCUUCUUAAACUGCAGCCGUGAUCGGUCAUGCAAAAUAAUAAACAUUUUUUGUUAAAUUCUAAGAUAUUGUAGGCCUAGCCAUGAGUUUUUUUGUUUUUUUAACAAUAUGUUUAUUAGUUGUUUUUUUCUCUCCAGGUAAUUAAGUACAAACAGACAAAUAAUAGGAGUAGGUAAGAAAUUAUGCCAAAAUGAAAUAAGCCAUGAGUUAUUUGAGCAAAGUUGAAAUGUGUGUCCUCUAAUGGUGUCCAAAGCCUCAGUUCUGACAACAAUGAUCAGUCAAUAAAUAGGCUACUGUUAGUUUCCAUAUGCUUGAGAUUAGUCUGUCUGUGUGCUAAAAAGAUCAUAUACAGCCAAUACAUAGUAGUGGAUACUUGCAUGUUUGAUAUAGUUAUACAUUUGCACUGUUGGGAACUGGUUGGAUUUGUAGUAGGUGACCUAUUUAGAAGUUUAGUUAAGUUACAUAAAAAGAACAAUAUCAUUGAUAUUUAAUGAUGCCUGAUAAUUUCCUCUAUGACUUUUUUUAUCAUUGCUUUAUGCCCAUAUGAGGAUAUUUAUGAAUUGAGAACAUGGUUAUGUUAAAUCGCAUUUCUAUGCAUAGACG